ACUCGGAGAGAGCCAGACACGUCUUGCCCGCUGGAACCGGGCCGUAGUGGUCUGUUUGGCACGGACACCCCAUUACUGCAUACAUAGUCACCCACUCACUUCCCGCUACACACACACACACACACACACACGCUAAAGCGCACACACACAGACACACAGACAGCACAAACACACACUCACACUGUGGCCGGCCCGGGAAGGACAGUAGUAGGGCUUUCUAUGUUUUUUUUCCCCCUUUCUUCAUCUUUAAGGGCCCACGACGAGGCCUAGCGACAAAGCCUUAGCGUCCCUCCCCUCCCCUUUUCUUUUUACCUUUCUCUUUUCUUUUUCCUCUCCUUUCCCUCUUUCUCUCUCUCUCUCUCUUUCUCUGCUGCUCCUCUCUUUUUGGCCGAGGCUCUGCGCUUGCCAAGCGCCACCAGGAUGACAUCAUCCCCCGCCGCCACAAUGGGCCCGUUGAUCUCCUGAGGGCCAACAAAUCUACACACACACACACACACACACACACACACACACACACACACACACACACACUGAGGGCCCUGCCAGACCGCCUCAGUGUACUGGACCAACCCCCCCCCCACCCCAACCCUCCCCAACCCUCCCCCACUGACCCCCCCCCCCCCAACAAACCCGAACCCCUGCACCCCACGCACCACCACCACCACCACCACCACCACCAUCCCCUCCACCCGGUCAAACAGAGGGAGGAGGACGAGGAGGAGGUGGACCUCAGACAGGAGGAGGAAGAACGCGGGGAAGGAAGGGAAGUGGAAGAGGAGCGAGGAGACCAGAGGAGAAGAGGAGCGAGAGAGGAGCGUGUGUGUGCGGAGAGUGUGUGACGCAGGUGUGUGUGUGUGUGUGGUGGGCUCCGCAGCAUGUCGGGGGAGCGCCCCGUCGUGGCUGCCGGUAGCGGUGGCAGCGUCGUCGUCGUCGCCGCCGGUGCCAGAGCCGCCCGUAGCCCCGGCGCCGACCCGGACCCCAAGCCCGUCCCCGUCCCCGUCCCGAGCCCCAGCGGUGGCGCCGCGAGCUCCGUGGGGGUUCCGUCGGUGCGGUCCAUCGGGGCGGAGGGCCUGGUGUCGCUGCUGGAGGGCGGUCUGGACCGCGUGCUGCUGAUCGACAGCCGGCCCUUCGUGGACUACAACGCCUCGCACAUCCUGGAGGCCGUCAACGUCAACUGCUCCAAGCUGAUGAAGCGCCGGCUGCAGCAGGACAAGGUCCAGAUCAACGAGCUGCUGCAGCACUCCGCCAAGAAGAAGUUGGAGCUGCAAGGUGGACAGGAAGUGGUCGUAUAUGACCAGAGCUCCUCUGAUCCCACCUCUUUGUCAUCGGAGGCCUUCCUCAGCGUCCUAUUGGCCAAGCUGGAGAAGAGUUUCCCAUCUGUCCAUCUCCUCUCAGGCGGUUUUCUGGAGUUCUCGCACCUGUUCCCGGGGCUGUGCGAGGGGAAGUCUGCCCUGGUGCCGUCCUGCAUCUCUCAGCCAUGUCUGCCCGUGAUGAACGUGGGACCCACACGCAUCCUGCCGCACCUCUACCUGGGCUGCCAGCGGGACGUCCUCAACAAGGAACUGAUGCAGCAGAAUGACAUCGCGUACGUUCUCAACGCCAGCAACACCUGCCCCAAACCAGACUUCAUCCCGGAGUCCCAUUUCCUGCGUGUGCCUGUCAACGACAGCUUUUGCGAGAAGAUCCUCCCCUGGCUGGACAAAUCGGUGGAGUUCAUCGAGAAAGCGAAGGCCUGCAAUGCCAGAGUUCUGGUCCACUGCCUGGCUGGAAUCUCUCGCUCGGCGACCAUCGCCAUCGCUUACAUCAUGAAGAGGAUGGACAUGUCCCUGGACGAGGCUUACAGGUUUGUGAAGGAGAAGAGGCCCACCAUCUCGCCCAACUUCAACUUCCUGGGGCAGCUGCUGGACUUCGAGAAGAAGAUUAAGAGUCCCACGGACAGCGCGGUCAAGCCCGCCGCCUCCAGCUCCAGCUCCGCGUCCGUCUCCGUCCCCUCCGAGGAGGAGGCCCCGUCCGAGGCCGCCGAGGGGCUCUGUGAGGACCUGUGCGUCCCGCCCUGUGCUACCGCCACCGCUGCAGAUGCCGGUGUGUCCGAAGCUGCGGUGGACGAUGAGGACUGUCCGGCGGAGGCGCCCCUGACGCUGCCGUGCGUGCUGGCCGGCGUCCCCGAGGAGCAGCACCUCCUGGCCCAGGCGCUGUGCAGCCUGCAGCUGGCCGACGGCGUGGAGGAGAGCGCCCGGCUCAAGCGCUCCUUCUCCCUGGACAUCAAGUCGUACGGGGAGACCAGCUCUUCUGCAGGCGGCGGCGGCGUCGGUGGUGGAGGUGGUGUUGGUGGUGUUGGUGGUGGUGGAGGCAGCGGUGGUGUCGGUGGAGGCUCUGGCAGCCUUCGAGGGUUCUCGGUGCACGGCGGCGGCGGUGGAGGGGACGGCCCCGAGGGCUACUACAAGCCGUCGGGCUUCAAGGACCCGGCCAGCAAGCCCUGCCAGUUCUCCCCGGUGGAGGAGGUGUCGGAGCAGUCCACGCCCGAGCAGAGUCCGGACAAAGAGCAGGCCGACGGGCCCGCAGCACCGGUCACUACCACCACCAUCAGCUCCAUCAGCUCCAUCAGCUGCACCAUCACCACCAGCACCACCAGCACCAGCAGUAGCAGCACCAGCAGUAGCAGCAAAGCUGCCCCUAAACAGCCCAAACCCCCUCUUGCCUCGGCGUCGAGCUCCCAGCAGCCUUUGCAGCGUAGCGGCAGCAUGGAAGCUAGCCCCAGUGCCAGCGCUAGUGCUAGUGCUAGCGCUAGCGCUAGCGCCAGCGCCGCCAGCUUCCUGUACGGCCUGUCGCGGAGCCAGCAGCACCUGGCCAAUAAGGUGUCGGCCGGGCACGGCGGGCACGGCGCCCCCCUCAAGGGCUGGCACUCGGACAUCCUCCUGGGCCCCGUGGCCGUGUCCUCGUCCUCGCUGGCCGGCGGCUGGUACCUGUCCCACGAGUCGGCGGCGCGCUUCUACUCCACGUCGGCCAUCUUCAGCGCGGCGGCGUUCGGUUGCGGAGGGGCCGCCGGCGGCGGCGGCGUGGGGCCCGGCCUGGAGUCGGUGCGGAGGCGCGGGCGACAGAGGAGCGGCGACCGGGGCGACUCGCGGCGCUCGUGGCACGAGGAGAGCACCUUCGAGAAGCAGCUCAAGCGCCGCUCCUGCCAGAUGGAGUUCGGCGACGGCAUGUCCGAGAGCCGCUCGCGCGAGGAGCUCGUCAAGGUCGGCAGCCAGUCCAGCUUCUCCGGGAGCAUGGAGAUCAUCGAGGUGUCCUGAGACGAGGCUCGCUGGCUGGUUGGGCGGUUGGGUGGGGUUUGGGGUGGAGCGUUUCGGUCAUUGGGUUAUGCACCCUCACAGACUGGUCCACAAGCGGGGCCUCUGAAAGGGAAGAAACUGGUGUCGCAUGAUCUGGCGCAAUUUGCGUUACGUGAGCCGUUUGCGCAAGUUGGUAUUUUCAAGUGAAGUGGCUAAAUAAUUUUGCAUAGUGGAGAGAUUUAUUUUUUUCUCUUUUUUUAAAAAAAAAAACGGACUGGUUUUGUAAUGGCCUUGUAAUAAUCUACAUAAGAACUUGCACCUAAAAAGAAGCUGCACGUCACAGAAUGUUGAAAAGAGGAUUCAUACAAACGUGUUUUAGAUUUCUUUUUUUUUUCCAUAGUUGUUUGUUUUAACUGAGGACUGAGCCUGAUGUUUGUCUGUGGAUGAGUGUUGCUCAUAUCUUUCGUUCUUCAAUUUUUGGAUAGUUUAUUCAACCCCACAUUUUUUGUCAGACACUCUUACUCAAUCUCGGAGCCUGAAUCGAAGCAUGAAUGAAUGAAGUUGAAACUAGACUGACAUGUUUUGGGUUUUCUUUCACUUUUUAAAACAUUUUCUUGUUUCCUGAUUCUCUCCCAGGGGUGCCGAAGUAGCAAUGAUCCAGUACCUCACCAAUCCAAAUCAAGGGGUUUCAUUUUUUUUUUUAUACCGUUUUCUUUUCUUUUUCUCCUUUUCUUUAUUCUUUUAUUUUAAUGUGUAGUUCAUUGAAAAUUACAAUCUCAGGUUUUCUAUUGAGCAGUAGGAACAAAUCCGAAUGAAGACAUCCCCAGCGUAGGUGGUGGUGGCGGCGGGUGAUUUGUGUUUUGUUUUUGUUUUCUUUCUUCUGAGGUGAUGGAUUUUGAAAAUGGUUUGCUGAAAUGAAAUGCCUGUAUAGAAAGCUUUUAAAACUUCCUUCCUUUUUCAGCUGAUCCUAGAUCAGCAAGCCUACAAAGGACAAGUUAAAAAAGAGGUCUCUCUCCAGAGGAGUGCUUGAAUGUGGAUCAGUGUUUUUUUUUGUAAAGGGAGAAGGUGAGAAAAAAGAGGUAAAAUAAGACUGGUGUGUUCUCACCUGUCUUGCACAGGCAGAAAGCGGUUGGUUUAGUAAGUGGUUUAGUAGAGAGAGAGAGAGAGCAGGGAACUCUUGUUCAAAGAUAUCUCGUUGUAGUGCAACUUCAGGUGUGUACUUUAAGACAUCGGUGCGGAUGGCUAUGUAUUGUGGUCUCACACGAACCUCACGCAGAGAGAAUCUGGAGUGUUGAUCGCAUUGUGUGUCACUCUUCGCAGUCAUCGUUGCAUAACAAUUAUUGCACUAUCGUGGUUUGAGAAUUGUUUCUAGUCGCAGGGGGAAAGCGUUUUUUUAAAAGUUAGCUUUUGAUUCCGGCAGCUUCGCGCUGCUGUUUUUGAUUGAGAAAAAAAAUAAUGCUGUGCUUUUUGGAGUGACUGUGCAUUUCCUGUUGGUUCACAGCAGGGAAUCAAAAAAAGGACCUUCCUUUUAAUGUUACCACUAUUUGCCUUAUCAUCCGAUUUUUAUAUACUUCCUCCUGGCCACAGAAACGAUAGGUGUUCCCGUUUAAGAAAUGAUUUGAGGAAACUGAUCAUGUGGUAUUUAACAAAACAAAACAAAGCAACUUUUUUAAAGGAAGAGUAUUCAGGGGAUGAUUGUCAUCAAAACAAUAGUAAUACAAACAAGCAAACCACUGAUACUACUGGCAUUUGGAGAUAAGCAUCUGGAGUACUUCCCGUUUCCGUUGGGUCAGACAUAGUGAUGGUGCACGGGAACACCACUAUCUGAGGAAUAAUCAGCAAUCAAACAUGCAGUUCAAGCCCAAAACGCCUUUAUAGUGACCUCAAAUGGCCUCAAAAUUAAGGAAAUAAAGACAACAGUAGAUCAGAUAAUGCUUCCCAUGUGAAUGUUUGGUGCACUUGUAUAAAGGGACGGUUGACAGAGAAAAUGUAAACUGAUUUGACAAAUUGUUUAAAAACAGAAUUCAACAACAAUUUUAAACCGGGUAAGAUCAACACCUGCAUGGUGUCAAUUCAUGAGUCUGACUGGAACAGUUUUACUUUAAAACCGCUGGAUUGGUAGAAACCUUCCAGAAAUAUGACAUUUUUGAUUGUGGCCCAAACCACUUUCAAUUUUUUUUCAGAAGGGAUGCCAUGUCUCCUUCUAAAGUAGCUUCUUUCUCUUGUUCUCAUGCCCUUUCAUCUGAACACUGAGAAAACAUACUCACUCAUCAAAACUUCUCGAAGAUGCUAUGAAUCACAGCCACCAAAAUACCACCACAGGGUUCGCUUUUGAAAAGACUAUUGGUGCUGUUUGUAGAACUGAUUGAUCAAACUUGUCAGCAGUGUUUAUCAACCAUGACUGUCCAUGGAGUAGUAUUACCUACUAAAGGCACAAGGAUCCGCAGCUGGUGUGACGCGCUGCUUUACACUGUAACAUAAUCAGUGGCGUUGUUGCAUCUCCCCGAGGCUGCUAGAGGGCUGUUUAAGUUAUCAAGUCUACAAUGAAGGCAGUAUUAUUUCCUGCGUUUGUCAAAUCCAUCACGCGACUGACAGUUCAGCGAAUCAGAGCGGAGUUAGCUGGCCUCUCAGCUGGAUAGAGGUGGGGAAGUUAUGACAAAGGGGUCCCGGGUGUACUGAAAAAAAAAAACAUGUCCCUGGAUUAAGUUUUACAACUAAAUCUUUGACAUUGGUGCUUUAACACACAUUUGAAAUGGAGGUAACAGCUAAAAAAACAUCACCAUAAAAAAUCAGUAACAGCGACACAAACGCUCCAAUAUUGGAUACUCCUCUUUGCAUGUUGUACCAUGACUUGAGAUGUAACGGCUGAGAAGACUAGCAUACAAUAGAGGGUGAAUCUUUUGCAAUCUCCCCCAAUGUUUCCUAUGCCUACGUGUCUAAUGUAUGUCAUUCUUUUUAUAUUACUCUUUUAUUUAGUAGACUUGUUUUUGUAAAAAAAAAAGGAGGGAUUUGAGUUGAGAAGUAACAGUUCCAAUAUUCCCAUACAAUUGAAGGCUUCCCCAAAGCUGUGAACAGAAGACGGGACUUCACAGGGAUGGAAGUCAGUAUGUCUGUGUUUAUAUUUUUUAAAAACUGUGUGUAUGUAAGUAACUGUGUGUAUAGACGUUUGAGGUGUGCGAGGCAAAGCAAGGCUGUUCAGGUGGACUGGUUCUCUCUCGGAAGACAAACAGCAGACAAGACAAAACCGCCAGGUAUCUUCAAGGUCACUAUAGGAUGGUCAGGACAGGUGGGUGACAGAGAUGAUGACUGGAACUGUUUCUUUUUUUUUUGGAAGGUACAGGUCUGUUUGUAGCACAGGGUUCUAGUUGUUAGUCUAAAAGCAUCACAUCCAAAUUUCCAAUAUCUAUUGCCAAUAAACGUAAGCAAUGAGCCAUUGAUUUUUUUUUGUGAUUAAUGUUAUGGAUUUAUAGAAAAGCUGACAAUACUGUACGUGUGGCAUCCUGAAAAAAAACAAAACAUAGAUGGUACCUGUGUGACGUGUGCAAGGAGGCCUUUGGCAGUGUUUGAGAAUAUAGUUUGCUUUUCUUUUCAGCAGCGCAAGCAGAUUUCCAUAUUUUAUGAAGUUCAUGUGGAUGAGCAUUAGUUUGUAUGUUGACUGUCAAAAUAAAGGUUGAAACGGUACUCAACAUAUGAACUCA